UAUAUAUACCUUAUCAACUCCUCAGAUAUUUCAUCAAGAAAUCAAACUCCAAAGAAGAAACUAAGAAGCCAACCAUGUUUUCUCCUAAAUUUUAUUCCAUUUUCACAGUGCUAAUAUUCCUCCUUCUUAAUCCAUCACAUGCUCAAUUGACCUCAACAUUCUACUCCAACACAUGCCCCAGUGUUUCUUCUAUAGUAAGAAAUGUUGUUCAACAAGCUCUGCAAAAUGAUCCUCGUAUUACCGCGAGCCUAACCCGUCUUCACUUUCACGAUUGCUUUGUUAAUGGAUGUGAUGCAUCUCUUUUAUUAGAUCAAGGUGGAAACAUAACACUAAGUGAGAAAAAUGCUGUUCCUAACAAUAAUUCAGCUCGUGGCUUUGAUGUAGUUGACAAAAUCAAAACCUCUGUUGAAAAUUCAUGUCCUUCUGUCGUGUCUUGUGCUGAUAUUUUGGCUCUUGCUGCUGAAGCUUCUGUAUCUUUGUCAGGAGGUCCUUCAUGGAAUGUACUACUUGGCAGAAGGGAUGGUCUGAUUGCAAACCAAUCUGGUGCCAACACAUCCAUUCCUAAUCCAACUGAAAGCUUAGCCAAUGUCACUGCCAAAUUUGCUGCUGUUGGCUUAAACACAAGUGAUCUAGUUGCAUUAUCUGGUGCACAUACUUUUGGUCGUGGACAAUGUAGAUUUUUCAACCAAAGACUAUUCAACUUCAGUGGCACAGGCAAGCCUGAUCCAACACUAAAUUCAACAUAUCUAGCAACUCUACAACAAAAUUGUCCACAAAAUGGAAGUGGUAACACACUAAACAAUCUUGACCCUUCAUCACCAAACAAUUUCGACAACAACUACUUCAAAAAUCUUCUCAAAAAUCAAGGUCUUCUUCAAACGGACCAAGAAUUGUUUUCCACUAAUGGUGCUGCUACAAUCUCCAUUGUUAACAACUUUGCAAGCAACCAAACAGCUUUUUUUGAAGCCUUUGUUCAGUCCAUGAUUAACAUGGGUAAUAUUAGUCCAUUAAUUGGAAGUCAAGGAGAAAUUAGAUCCGAUUGUAAGAAAGUUAAUGGAAGUUGAAAUGGGGAGGAUCGUCAUGCAUGCAUGAUAGUAUAUGUACAAGAUAUUCUUACUCCAACUUAUAUGCUCAAACUUUAAGACCUUAUUUGUGUGAUCUGAUUUAAUAAAAUAAGGUAAAAUUGCUUUAUCAUUUUUUUUUUUGGGUUGAUAAAAUUGUUUUUUGUUUUUGUUUUGAGAGGAUUGAUAAAAUUGUUUAUCAAUAUUAAAUAAAAUAAUGUUUGUGUUGGACACGCAUUUGUUUGAA